UUCUCUAAAAUGUUCUCACACUAUUUUUUCCCUUAAGAGAGAAACCAGAUGGCAUUGGUCUUACAUGGCUGCUGUUGGAGACUGGGGAGGGUUAAGCAAUCACAUUGCUCCCUCAGCCAGAAGUUCAGUAACCUAAGGCUGAGAGUGGAAGGCAGAGACACUGUCCCUAGGGACCCUUGUUAUGAGUUAACCAGACACAGACGCCAGAGCCUGGGAGAAAAAGAAGGUAUAGCUCUAGGACUUUGGGGAAGAGAGGAUGUUCCCAUUAGGUUCCAGGCUCAAUAAGAACCUAAGCAGCAUCCACCAAGAAGGCAGGGGAGAAAGAAAGCACCAGGAACCAGGAUGGAGACUGGCUAACAUUUAACUCUUGAGUUUCCCUGCCAAUUGACUUUGCCUUUCCUCUGACUCAGUACAACCAGCCUAUAAAUAAAUGUGGAAAGAGGCCUUCACAAAGACUAUAGCCACACACAGGUUUACUAAGCCUUUUCUUACAGCAUCUUCACGCUGGGAGCUGGCAAAGGUAUCCCAGCUGGCACAGGAUCAUUUUGGGGAGGACUCUUGAGACCUGCUCUUCCCAGUCUCUGCUUUCCCCAUAGGCCCAGGCACAUGCUCCUGGGACACGUGAAACCAAAGCCGCAGUUAGCUGGUGAGGGGUUGCUGCUGAUGGACCCUCUGGACAGCACCCUGUCUCCCCUGCAGGGAGGAGCAGAAGGAGGGAGGAGGUAAGAAAGAGAAUAAAUAACCCUGACGGGGGAGGUCCAAAGCAGGAGGCGGAGACAGGGAGGGCUGUGUUUCAGUGCUGCCUGCCAGACCUCUAAGGGAAGAGUGCUGGGGAAAAGGGGCACACGUUUGUUGCUUCAGCUCCAGUGAGCCUCUACCUGCCUGGUACAGGAAACAACUUGGCUUCUUCAUUAUGGUGGGCUCCAGUGGCAAUGAAUCCAGUGCCACCUAUUUCAUACUAAUAGGCCUCCCAGGCUUAGAAGAGGCUCAGUUUUGGCUGGCCUUCCCACUGUGCUCCCUCUACCUUAUUGCUGUGAUAGGUAACUUGCUGAUCAUCUACAUUGUGCGGACUGAGCACAGCCUACAUGAGCCGAUGUAUAUUUUUCUUUGCAUGCUUUCUGGCCUUGACAUCCUCAUUUCCACCUCAUCAAUGCCCAAAAUGAUGGCCAUCUUCUGGUUCAAUUCCACUACCAUCCAGUUUGAUGCUUGUUUGAUACAAAUGUUUGCCAUCCAUUCCUUAUCUGGUAUGGAGUCUACAGUGCUACUGGCUAUGGCCUUUGACCGCUAUGUGGCCAUCUGUCACCCACUACGCCACGCCACUGUACUCACGUUGCCUCGUGUUGCCAAGAUUGGCAUGGCUGCUGUGGUACGAGGUGCUGCACUAAUGGCGCCUCUUCCUGUCUUCAUAAAGCGACUGCCUUUCUGCAGAUCCAAUAUACUUUCACAUUCCUACUGCCUUCAUCAAGAUGUCAUGAAGCUGGCCUGUGCUGACAUCCAUGUCAAUGUCAUCUAUGGCCUCAUUGUCAUCAUCUCUGCCAUUGGCCUGGAUUCACUUCUCAUCUCCUUCUCAUAUCUACUUAUCCUUAAGACUGUGUUGGGGUUGACACGUGAAGCCCAGGCAAAGGCAUUUGGCACUUGUGUCUCUCAUGUAUGUGCUGUUUUCAUAUUCUAUGUACCUUUCAUUGGAUUGUCUAUGGUGCACCGCUUUAGUAAGCGACGUGAUUCUCUAUUGCCUGUCAUUAUGGCCAACAUCUAUCUGCUGGUUCCUCCUGUGCUCAACCCCAUCGUCUAUGGAGUCAAGACAAAAGAGAUCCGGCAGCGCAUCCUUCGUCUCUUCCACAUGAUCACACAUUCUUCAGAUGCCUAGGGUGUCAUCAGUCAAACUUCUUGUCUAUUUAAAGUCCUCCACUUGAUUUUAAUGUCAAUAUUUUGGAAGACAGUAUUAAGAGGAAAAUGCACAAUUUAGAUUCUUCAAAAAUGAAUCAGGUUUGGGAAUUUCUGUGGGGAAAGAGACGGUAGGACCAUAUGCUCCCAAUACCCAUUUUCAAUAUUAUUUCCUCUUUUUUUGCAAUUCUUAAGACACCUGAAGUGUUUUGGUUGGGGGUUAUAAUUUCCAGCUUCUUUAUCCAGUCCAAAUUUAAAUUGCUUCUACUCAUUUUUCAGAGUAGUAUGUGAUAGGGGUGAUAUGCAUGUUUGAGAAACAUUUGCCAAAGGCUUAAGCAUGACAAAAAAGAAACAGAAGAAUACAACAGAAUCAGAUAAUCUGGCUUAAAGCUAUGACUUUAUCUUCCAAUUGUCAACCAUAUAGGAUAUUGGGCAAAGUGAUAUACUUCUUCAAAAUGACCUCCAUGAAGAAGGAAAGAAAUUUUUUCCCAUAGCAGUAGUCCUGAAGGAGAAGAUUGGAAGCAAAACUUAGAAGACUUCAUUCACUACAUUAAUGAAAGACUACACUUUGUUCUGAGAGUUUUCAAAGCCUAUGUACACCCUUUUGCCUACUUAACUUUCUUAUUGACCUUUUGAUUUAGGAGGCAAUAUUAUUAGUACCUUCAUUGUACCAGUGGGAAAACUGAUGUUCAUUGGAAAUCAGUGAAUUGCAUGGAUUCUCAUAAGCUAAGCCAAGAAAACGCCUUUUAAUGGUCCAAUCCCUAACUAUGUGGAAAUAUUGUUAAGAGACCAGUAAGACAGUUAGGCAUUUCCAGAGUCUUGCAUUUUCCAGAGAAGAUAUUAAUUUUCACUCUCACUUAUUGGUGUUGUAUUUAGGAAUUUCCUGUCAACAGAGUUUAUGGCUUUAAUCCCAAUAUGUUUUGCUCUUUUUGCUGGUCCAAAUUGUCAUUUUGCCUGUGUAGUGGAAGCAAGAGUGUUUGGAGAUUUCCCAAACAGUGCCUUAUUUGGGAAAUAAAAUGUGGUUAGCAGUGGAGUGACUGGGAUACCUGAGAGGCACUUUAGGAAGAGAAGCAGCUGAGAACAUCUAGCAUCUAGCAUCCCAUAAGACAAAGGACCACAGACCUGGGAGUCAAGAAAAACAGGUUCCAGGAGACUGAAUAUGUCCAGUGGCAUAUGUGGCUGGCUAGCAAGCAAGCUAGGGUAAGGAUAAGUGAGAAAGUGAGGAGAGCACAUCGCUGCAUGCCACAUGUGUCCGUGGAACUGAGCUGCUCUGAGGGGAAGAUGGCAGCAUCAAUGAUUGGAUAAUAAGACCACAGAAGAGGCAGCAUUAUUUCAUUCCUGUCACCCAUGCUUAGCAUUGUGUUAUCACCAAAUGGUUCCACCUGGGAAUCCUAUAAGUUAAUCCCAGUACUUUCCAGAAAAAGCAAAAUAGGAAUCAGGCAGCUGGAUAUAGAAGAGUGCAGUGGGAGGAGACUGGGCAAAAAUUGAGAUAACCAACCACAGGGAUUGUCCUGGUUAGACCCAGAGUAAGUCAGCUGAGUAAAAGAAGUAGCCAGCAUAGUGGGGAGCAUAGCACAUGGCCUCAUAGUACAUGGGACUUUCUGGCCAUAGCUAGUAGCACAGAGGCUAUUCCAGUGGAGAGGACACAGGUGCAUAUCUGAUCUCUUGGGCCAUAAUCCAGAAGUUGAGGCCAAAUGGUGAGUGGUGGCCAACAGAACUAGGAGCAUAACCUUGGGUCAGUGUAGGCUUUGGUCCUGUUGAUCUGUGGAGGAUCAAGCCAGUACCCAAAAGGGUCCUGACACUGGGCUUGGGAGAAUGAGAAAUGAAAGAGAAGAGGUAGACUUUUUUUUUAAUUAGGAAAGCAAUGUAUGAUUACUGUAAACAAAAAUGUUGACACCUUGAAUCUAUAAAAUUAAUAAAAAUAUAAUGAAAAUAUCAAAUAAAACUGUGGUCUUAAAAGAUUUAAAAACAUUA